AGAAGGCACAUCCAGUGAGCAGAAGCAACAGCUGACCUCCCAGACAGAACCGCUAGCCCACCCUCUCCCACACAAAGACCGGUGCGUUGGGGCGAGAGACAAAGAGACUCAUGACUGAAGCCCUGGUUUAACCCUCACUUUUUGAACAGAAACUAGAGCCUUGAACUUGUCUACUCCAUAUACCUACCUCCAUUUAACCCGCUUCUCCUCCCUGCCCCCCCCCCCCAACGUUUUCAGAGAAAAGGUGGGUAGAUGAGUAACUGAAGAGGGAGUUACAGUUCUUUGUCUAAGAAAUGUGAAAGACUGCAGAAAGGAUCCUGGGGUUUGCGAAACCGACUGUGACUUGAGUUAAAGGAAAACAAAUUGCAAGGGAAAGGGGGACAGAAAGCUUGGAGUUCAGACUGGAAGCAGGAUAAAGGGCCAGAAAGACCGUGGAACCUCUUGCUCACAAGAGACUUGUACCUGAGGCAGCGGACUGCACCUGGUCUCACUCUUGAGGGUGCGCAGCGCAUGUGGGUGUGUCUCUCGGAUUGUUCCUGGACUCUACAGCCUCCCCAGACACGAUGAACGGGAUGAUCAGUCUUCUUCUGGGUGCAAUGUUGCUCUGGGGCCAGGGCGGCUUCUCCCGGAGGGUCGUCAGUGGUCAGAAAGUGUGUUUCACAGACUUCAAACAUCCCUGUUACAAAAUAGCCUAUUUUCAGGACUUGUCAAGUCGAGUGGGAUUCCAGGAGGCACGACAAGCUUGCGAAAGUGAUGGUGGAGUUCUUCUUAGUCUUGAAAGUGAAACAGAACAGAAGUUAAUAGAAAGCAUGUUACAAAAUCUCACUAAGCCAGAUACAGGCAUUGCUGAUGGUGACUUCUGGAUUGGACUUUGGAGAAAUGGAGAGGGACAGACGUCAGGUGCUUGUCCAAACCUCUACAAGUGGUCUGAUGGAAGCAGUUCUCAGUAUCGAAACUGGUAUACUGAUGAACCUUCCUGUGGAAGUGAAGCUUGUGUUGUGAUGUAUCAUCAACCAACUGCCAAUCCUGGGCUUGGGGGUCCCUACCUUUACCAGUGGAAUGAUGACAGAUGCAAUAUGAAGCACAAUUUUAUCUGCAAGUAUCAACCAGAGAGUUUUCCAACUAUCCCAGCAGGAAAGUCCUUUGAUGCAAGCAAACCAGAAGAUCCGUAUCACAUAGUUGUUACUGAAACAGGUAUAAUUCCUAACCUAAUUUAUGUUGUCAUACCAACAAUACCUCUGCUCUUGUUGAUACUGGUGGCUUUUGGGACCUGCUGCUUUCAGAUGCUACAUAAAAGUAAAGGAAGAACAAAAACUAGCCCAAACCAAUCCACACUAUGGAUUUCAAAAAGCAACAAGAAGGAAAGUAGCAUGGAGAUUUAACAACUUGAUUAUUUGUCUUACAAGGAAGAAAUCAUGCUUUAACUUUCUGGAUGUGUAUAACCAAUGACAUCAGAACAUUAGCUUGGAAUGGCUUUGAAAUCUCAAUCGGCAAGAUGAACUGUAUGCUCCACCUUGAGGCAAAUAUUAAGAUAAUUUUAUAUGUUUGUUAUUUCAUUAACAAAAUAUGCCAUGCUAAAUAAAGAAGUAAAGCCUGCUUAUUUUGCAAAAGGAAGCUCCUGAACUUCACCUGAAGAAUAAUGUGGACAGUAAAAUUAAGAUUGACCCAUGUACAUAUCAGGAGUAUGUGUUUGAAAUGGUAAUAGAAAGCUAUUUUUCUUUUAUCUUUCAUGUUGCAGUGUAGUUGAAAUACUAUAAACUAUUCUGAAAUUUACACUGUAUAAAAUACUUUAUCUUUGCUUAGCUAUUUGAUAAAAUAGA